CACUUGCCUUGAAUUUUUAAAGCGAAUAACUAAAGAAGGGUUUUCCUUAAGCCUUUUGAAACAUCCGUCGCCUUGUAGACUUUGUGAUUGGUUUCCAAGGGUAUGGUCGUUACACUGGCUGGGAGAAACGCAUCAUAGGGGAUCUUUACUAAGGACGUCACAAAUAGUCUCUUGUUAUACGGGUGUAAUGCAUACAAAUCCGACCUUAUUGUAGCUUUUCGAUUCAAACACCCUUGAGAAAGCAUGGCGGGCGUUGCAAACAUCUGGAGUUUGUUUCGUAUUUCCAGAAGCACUUGCUACAAUGCGCAGAUAUCGUGAGUCAGCAUGGUCAACAUGUUUUGGAAAGUGUAGAUUUCGCAGCUUAAGAAGGCUCAAUGUCCCUCAGUUAUAAUACCAUACAUUUCUCUUUUAACUUCCAUUUCACAUCUCGAUACUUGAACCUUCUUCAGCCUUAUCAUAACGAAAAUGCCACUCAAGUCAGAUAUCUUAAUCGAUGCUUCAAAAUUUGAGCCUCAGAAUACACCAAAGGAAACAAUUAAAGCCAACGAAGAGUUGACUAGUAAAUUGAAAGAUGGCCCAAAGUGGUUUGAGGUUUGUUCUCCAAGCUAUGUUCCUCUCGCUCAUGGCUAAUCGCUCAAUUAUAGAUUGGCGCGUCUGAGUAUCGCGAGAUGAGAAAUGCAGGGAAAACUCCUAUGCCUAAACCUAAACCUCUACCAGAAGCUCUGGACAUAGAGAUUCCUUCUCGUGAUAGUACUCGUAUGAUUCCUUGUCGUCUAGUAUAUCCAUCUUGGCGCAAAACCACCGAUGAAAGAAGGAAAACAAAAGGAAUUGUUUGCCUCAUACAUGGUGGGGGAUGGGUUCUCGGGGAUCAACAUUCUGCGGAUAAUUUACUCCAAUUCUAUGCUGAUGCUGGUGAUCUUGUUGCUAUAUCGAUUGGAUAUAGACUUGCUCCUGAAUAUCCUUUUCCAUGCGGUCCAAGCGAUUGUAUUGAUGUGGGAGAAUAUCUGGUUAAAGAUGGUGAAAGGGUGUUUGGUAGCUCGUUGAGGUUCAUCGGGGGAGAGGUAUGUCAAUUCAUUAAUCUUAUGCAGUCCUUCCACUAACAGGAUUUAAUAGAGUGCCGGUGCACACUUAUCCUUACUCGUCGCCUUUCAUCUUCUCAGAAAUUUGCCCGACUUCAAGCUUUCUGGAUUAGUUCUCAAUUGCGGUAUCUACGAUCUAACCAUGCUCCCUCACUGUCGAAAUUUCGGCCGACCAAACCUCGUCCUCGACCAUACCCUGAUGCGUAAAUUCGUCGACGCAUUUCUCCCCAACAUGAGCGACGAGCAGAAAAAUCUCCCUCAUCUCCCCAUAUUAUGAAGAUCUAGAGAAAUUCAGAGGUAGAUUACCAAGUGCUCUUUUUACAUGUGGUACGGAAGAUCCGUUGUUAGAUGAUUCGGUUACGAUGGCUACGAAAUGGAUGAUGACGGGUGGUGAGGCGGUUAUUAAAAUUUAUACGGGGGCUCCGCAUGCUUUUAUUUCGUUGGGGAGUUUGUCGAAAGAGGCGGACGUUGCGAGGGAGGAUACGAAGAUUUAUAUUGGGGAUUGCAUGGGGAGGUUGUGAGUGGGAUGGUGGGUUAAGGUU